AUGUUUGAGGCUGGGUUGUGGUUAAAGAUAAUGACGUUUGGUCCGAUGAUUUUGAGCACAAUAAGUAUAAUCUUUAUGCUACUCACCAUUCAUUAUAUUCGCCAAGCUACAAAGCAAUGUAACACAAUAGUAAACAGCACUCAUUCGCUUGCUCGUUGUGCUGUGCGUCUUGGUGUUGGUCCAGUUGCAAAGAAAUCCAUUCAGGAUUAUGCCAAAACAAGGCCAGAACUAAUCAAAUUGCUCAAUGAGGAUCCAAUUCAUCCAUCAAAAGAAUCCAGCUGA